GAUGGGCAAGCGCUUUCGCCGCAGAGGCAGCGAUUGGCCUUGGUAUUUGUACUACAUCCUUUGGGUUUACUUGCUGCUUGGCUUUGGCUUGGUGAUCUCGCUGGUGUCGACCGUCCGCGACGUCAUGCUCGCAUCAGGCUGGCUGCAGCCAGAGCUGGUCACCGACUACGUGCGGAAACGGAUGCACUUGGAAAACGACACCUUGAGCUUCGAAGAGUGGCAGGAGGAGGAUGACCUCAGCGAGUACAGCUACCUCCGGAGGGUCUCCCUGGUCUGCCCCUUUUUCAUGGUUGCAACCUAUCUGGUCUGUGCCUAUCACACCAUCCAGCACAUGAAGAAGCUGAACUGGACAACUUCCAAGAGGGGGGAUCCCUUGACGGAGCACACCUUUGACAACCACGACCGCGCCCUGCGGAUCAUCGCGCUGCCGCUCUUUUACGGCGUGAUGUCCUUCCAGGGCGUGAUGCGGAUGUGGGGCAUCAGCAUCAACAGCUCCGGUGACUCCCACCACUUCUCGCAGUUCACGCUGAGAAAGCGGUUUUUGAUGGAUAGUUACGACGCCUGCUUCUGGCUGGCGGACAUGUACGAGUCCUACGCCCUCUUCGUCUUCGGCCUCAUCGUGCUGGAGUACCUGCGGCAACGCCUGAACACCCGGAUCUAUGUGGCGCACGACGCCAUCAAGACCAACACCAUCCCCAGAGCUUCCGACUCCUUCUCCGAGCUCACAGACUCUGUGAAGGUCCUGCUGAGUCAGACGAAAGGCCUCACCAUCCUGGGCAUCAAGCUGUUCUGUGCCACCUGUGCUGGACAAGCCUUUUACGGCGUCGUGGUGAAUUGCGCAGCGUAUUACCAUAUCAUGGAGUCCGUCUUUGGAACCGGCUGCCAUACUGAAGAGCCUGGCAUGCUGCAGACGGAAAAGGUGAAGAACAUGGUGCACUACUUGUUCUAUGGAGCAGGUUUCAUCGCCUCCUUCGCGGCCAUUGGCAACUUGGUGGAGGUCGAGCGAGGAUUCCACUCCCACCUCAGGGAGUUCAGCCCCAUCUGGAAGUUCCUGGGCACGAAGAUCAUCGUCACCAUCGCCUUCCUCCAAUCCAUGGCGCUGGCCUCCUGCCCGCCCUUCUGCUGGUGGUCCUACACUCGGGCCAACCUGCUCUACGCCUCGCUGCUGUGCAUCGAGUGUUUCCUUAUCAGCGUGGUACACUUGUACGCCUGGUCUGCGGAAGAAUCCUGGUACGAGGUGUACACGCCCCUUAUAGAUCUCACUGAGACCCCGUCCCCCGAGCGUUCGCCGUCGCCGCGGCUGCGCACCUGAGCUUCCGGUACAAAGACCUCGUUUACUGGGAGCACAUGGGGCUGGGGAGCACCCCAACCGGCC